UCAGCGCCGUUUUUAAGACGUAUGGGCUGGCCGUCCAAUAGCCUGAUCGGGGCUUUACUCUGCCGCCCACACACAGGACUUCCUUCUGGAGAGGGCCAGCGUAGAUUGGGGACAUCCAAGCCCGCAAGACCUUCACCAGAGUCUGCUUUUUCUGCUCUCACCUGCAGCAUCAGGCCAGCAUCGCCGUGUAGCAGUCAUGUCUGUGGCGGGACUGAAGAAGCAAUUCCACAAAGCCACUCAGAGAGUGAGUGAAAAGGUUGGAGGAGCAGAAGGAACAAAGCUCGAUGAUGACUUCACUGUAAUGGAAAAGAGGGUGGACACCACCUCCCGAGCAGUGAUGGACGUCAUCACUAAGACCACUGAGUACCUGCAGCCAAACCCAGCCACCAGAGCCAAGAUGAGCAUGAUGAACUCCAUGUCACGCAUGCGAGGCCAGGAGAAGGGACCGGGCUACACGCAGACGGAGGCCGUCCUGGGGGAGUCUAUGCAGAGGUUUGGCAGGGAGCUGGGAGAAGAUUCUAGCUUUGGUCUUGCACUGAUCGAUGUGGGGGAAGCCAUGCGUGAGCUCAGUGACGUGAAGGACGCUCUGGACAUGGAGGUGAAGCAGAAUUUCAUCGAUCCAAUGCAGAACCUUCAUGAAAAAGACCUCAAGGAGAUCCAGCAUCACCUGAAGAAACUGGAGGGUCGCCGUCUGGACUUUGAUUAUAAAAAGAAACGCCAGGGCAAAGUGACGGAAGAUGAGAUCAAACAGGCCCUCGAGAAGUUUGAUGACUCCAAGGAAAUUGCUGAGCUGUCCAUGUUCAACCUGCUGGAGAGCGAUAUUGAACAGGUUAGCCAGCUGGCUGCUCUGGUUAAUGCUCAGCUGGAAUAUCACAGCCGGUCUACAGAAAUCCUCACACAGCUCUCCAGUAAAAUGGAUGAACGGAUAAGAGAGGCCUCUGGCAAACCGAGGAAAGAGUACGUCCCAAAACCACGUCCAUCUCUGGACUUCUCCAUCACCGAGACCCACAAUGGAGGCAUGCAUGGGGCUCGUUCUCCAGGUGCCAGGUCUCCAGCAAGGUCUCCAGCAAGAUCUCCAGCCAAAUCUCCAGCCCCCUUGGACCAGCCCUCCUGUCGUGCGCUGUACGAUUUUGACCCUGAGAAUGAAGGGGAGCUAGGUUUCAAGGAAGGCGAUAUCAUCACUCUGACCAAUAAGAUCGACGACAACUGGUACGAAGGGAUGCUGCAUGGCAACUCAGGCUUUUUUCCCAUCAACUAUGUGGAUAUCCUUGUGCCGUUGCCCCACUAAGAAGUCAAGAUUACCAGCUGUGUCUGCAACACCGCCUGGCCUCCAGUUCCAGUUUUUCCACUAACCUGUUACUAAACUUUAUUUCCUGCUAACCACAGUCAGUCCUCCUUAAGGGUCAAAACAGCAGCAGCAUAGACUGAAGAGCAAGAAUGCACCAUAAAGAGUGUAACAAUGAUGAGGAAAAGGCAGGAUUGGUAUUAUUGUACCCCCCCCCCGACGUACCUCCAGUCUUCAGUUGUUGUUUUUGGCUUUCCUGUCCCAGCUAUUGUCUUGGCUUAAGUUGGCCGUGAGUCCUUCAUGAGUUUUUCAGGACAGCUUUGCAAAUCCACAUUUUCAUCUUUGUACAGGUGCUUUUCUGCACUAUCCUACAAAAAGGCAGAACAAAUGUGUGUUUUUUGUUCUUUUUUUUUUUUCUUAGUUCGUAGGUUAACUGUUUUUCAGUCAUUCUUACAUUUUAAAAAAGUAAAUCUGGGUUGUUUUGUUUCUAACAUGCCUCUAUUUCGUGGUUGUUGUCCCUUGAGUUGUAAGCAUGCCUCAUUUUAACCCUAGCCGAUCCAGUUUCAGUACGUUCUUACCAAUGAUUGGUGGCACAACUUGGGAUAUGUGCACCAGGCUGUGAAGCUAAUGCUUGUCUUCUGGUGUUUCAUCAGAAAAUGGUUGUAAAACUUUACAUACGUGAGCAAAUUGUGGGAAAACGUGAGAUGUGAUGCUUGAAAUCUUGACAUUUACAUGUAAGAAAAAGUACAAUUUGCACAUUUUCAUGGUUUUUCAGCUUAUACUUGAUAAGCACUAAGAAAUCUUCUUGAUGUAUUGUGAAGCGUUUAACUGCCCUCUGGGGCAGCUGUUUCUUCUGCGGCUGCAGAAGCUGCUUCCUUUCCCUGCUGCUCACUUUAGUGUGCUGUAGUUUCACAGUAGAUUAAGAUGCUGGGAGUAAAAAGAAAAAACAUAAUUUAUUUCCUGUUUUAGUCACCUAAAACUAAUGUAGCUUACACUAAAGGUUCUUUCUAUUUGUGAACAAAUAGUUCUGUUUUUCAGAACUAUUGUGUGAAAGUGUUUCCUUCUCUUUUCUUACUGGAAAAAAAAAGGAAACUCAGAUGAACCCAUACAUGUGUGUUAGUUUGGAGGCUCUUGGUUUCACCAUGGACAACGUAUGAACUGCUGUGCUGUGCUGCAGCUGCGCUCUUUGCUUUCACACAUGCUGUAGUGAUGUGAUGCAUGCAUGUCCAGGGAGGGGUUGCGUGUUUGCAUACAGUUUCUGUUAUGUUCGGGGGGAUCAGAGAGAUAAUGUCCUGCCAAGCUUUUUGAGAAAUACAAAAUAACGUCAAUGCACUGAGUCAUUACAUCCAACAGACCCACAACGAGUGAUGCAAAACCUACAAAUACCAUAUAUGUGUUACUUUUUAAUUGUUUUGGGGUCUUUUUUUGUCAAAAGGAAGCACAAAUGAGAUACUUUGUUGGCUUUAAAGUGUAGUGAAACAGUUGGGAGAUGUCAUGUAUUGGUUCAUUUUUUAAGACAAAGCAAACCUUCCUUCUUUCUCACUUGGUUUUUUAAAAUGCCGUGUAUCUUUGCCCUCAAUGAGGACUGUACAGCUUUGUGUGUUUUGUUUUCACCUUGUGCGUAUAGUCACGCAUCUAUAGUAUUGUAUUUUAUUUUUGUAACUGUGACAAAAAUAUAGAGUGUAGGUGUGUGUGUGUAUAUAUAUAUACAAACAAUAUAUUACCCAGAAGUGAUGUUACAGGAUGGCCUCUUUGUGCUGCACAUGAUUGUCUUUGUUUUUUGUGUUUUGGUUUGUUUGAUUUUACUGUUGCAUCGCAUUCUACAACUGUACGCUCAAUGUAGAAAAAAAAGACAUGUGAUAAGUCAGUGUAAUUUACUCAAAUAAAUACUGGUGAGCUAUUAUA